AUGCCGUUGGUUGUUGUGUGUGGGAAACCAUGUUCUGGAAAGAGUACACUUGCUGAAUGCUUCUGUAAAUUCGUUGUAACAAGAAAGUGUCAGCAAAUUGAAGUGGUGUCCGAUGAUAGAAAUGCCUCAUUUACAAGGUCGAUAUACAAAGAUUCUCGCAAGGAACAAGAGCAUCGUGUUUUAUUAAAAUCAGAGGUACAGCGCGUACUUUCAGAAGAUUGCUUGGUUAUUUGCGAUUCGUUAAAUUACAUCAAAGGUUUCAGAUAUGAGUUAUUUUGUAUAGCAAAAUUGAUGCAAACAACAUAUUGUGUUCUGUACUGCGAUGCCAGUGAGGAUAUUUGCCUGCAGCUUAACCUUGAAAAAAAAGAGAUUGAAAGAUAUAAAGCGGAUGAUAUAACAGCAUUGAUGAUGCGUUUUGAAGAGCCUACUACAGCAAAUAGAUGGGAUUCUCCGCUUUUUAAGGUUCAAAUUGGGAUUGAUGGUGGGAAUCGUCGAAGACAUAAUUUGGGUUUCGAACAAUGCUUUUGUUUUCUUGGAUUAAAUGAAAAGAAAUUACCUCUGGAAGAUAUGUACCUUUGGUUAUUCGAGGGUAGGAGCUUGUCUGCUAAUGAAAGUACUGAAACUGAGUCGCUUAUGCCGGCAGAUUUUCUACAUGCUCUUGAUCACAUAACUAAGGAAGUUAUAACUAGUGUUGUACGGCAACAGCGGACUGCCUUGCCAGGCGACACUUUUAUUGUACCAAACUGUACUUUGGGCCACGGAAAGGUGCUGUUUACAAGACAGCGUUCCUUUGCUGAACUCUCAGGGCUGCGACGACAAUUCACCAGUUACAUGAAAAUGCAUCCAUCGAAUGAUACAUCUAAAUUUGCUUCGUUAUUUAUAAAUUAUCUCAAUGCAAAUCCUUGA